GUUCAACACUCUUGCAAUCGCAAUGGCUUAGACUGUGUGGUCUGUGCGGUGCAGUGUCUUUUGGGAGUUUUUGAUACACAGUUUCGGUUUUGCUCAUACUAUCAAUCAUAGAUGUUUCAGGAAAUCACAACUGAAUAUGUUUGAAUUCUGUGAAUAGAGGGGAAUCUGGGGAGAUGUUGACUGGAUUAAGAAGCCUCGGAGUGAGAUCCUGCCAGUUAUCCUGGCUUGUGGGUUUCUCCCGUGAUACAUCUCUCCACAACAACUCACUAACAAGACCAGCACCGCCGAUGAGCCGAAACUCAAGAUCUAAAGUCAUCUUGAGAAACUGAGCGCCAACAUUAUUGCCAACAUGAAGAUGGCCACGGAAACCCACCCGGCCCAUUCCUCAUAUUUCUACCUGGUCAUCCUGAAUUUAUACACCUUUGGCAUUGAGUUGUGCUCCUCGGCAUCCUUCAGUUAUCUGCCUCCGUUGUUGUUGGAGACGGGCUUCUCCGAGACGAUGAUGAGUAUCGUCAUGGCGCUCGGACCCUUCUUUGCUCUUAUAGUCUUGCCGUGCCUUGGUACGGCUAGUGAUCAGUGUACGAGUAGGUACGGCCGUCGCAGACCGUUUAUCCUAGUUGUGACAAUUUGUAUCAGCAUCUCACUAGUCUUGCUCCCAAAUGGGAUGGAUCUGGGACUGAAGCUAGGCAACUUCCUCCCAGGAAGGUUCACCGGCCUUGCCAUCAUCUCCUUCUCUGUCAUCCUCCUUGAUUUCGGCUCCCAGAUCUCUCUCCUACCAGUCGAAUUGAUCAUGUCCGAUCAAUGCAAAUCCGAAGUCCAACUCAACAAAGCGUACUCUGUAUUUAACUUCAUGCUAAGUUUGGGAUCUUGCUGCGGCUACGUGGUGCUAUGUAUAGAUUGGAACAAGACAGAUUUAUUUGCUGUCCUUGGUGGAAAGGAACACAUGAUCUUUGCUAUUCUACUUUUCCUUUUGCUCAUAUCGGCGUUACCCACGCUGCUGUUCGCCCACGAUCCACCAGUCACAACUCGCGAUCUUCAGCCUAAAAUAUCCACCCAAACACCUUCAACUGGAAACCAAGCUCCAACGCAUCCUAAACAGAACGGUAAAACAACUGGAUCUGUUCCCACCAGCCUAAGUAACAACUCACCUCGUCAUGAUCAGAUCCCACCGAUAGUUCUCUCAACUAACCCACCUUCCAUCUCCAUCAACGUUCCGACCGUAGUGACCCUCGGAAUGCCCAUCUCAGUCAGCCGGAGACACUUGAUCGUACAGAUCGCCUACCAGUUCAUCAACAUCCCCAUAACGUGCGUGUGCACCUGUAUUUAUUUCGUUGUUCCCAAGUCCUACCAAACGUAUCUCUCAGAUACCGUCCAUAGCUUAAGAACGAUGCCGUCUGUCUUGCGUAAGCUGUGUAUCGUCAAUCUGCUGACGUGUAUGGCAGUCAUGGGCUUCAAGUUGUACUUCACUGAUUACGUCGGUGAGGCGCUGUAUCAUGGCAACCCAGACUCGCCUCUGAAUUCUCUUCCAAGACAGUCUUAUGAAAACGGUAUCCGAAUGGCCAGUCUGGGUCUCCUUCUUCAGAGCAUCACCUCCGCCAUGUUCUCCUUUGUUCUCAAUCAUCUCGUCAUCUCCUACGGAACCAUCUCAACGUUCCUCUUCGGCAUGUUGAGUUUUGUCGUCAUGACCGCACUCAUGUUGGUAGUCGAGGAUAUCUCGUUGACGUUAAUCCUUGCUGCGUUUACUGGGUUUGCGUCGGCUACAACCAACUCAUUGCCUUUCACUUUGCUGUCUUCGUACCACCAAAAUCAAGAGAAGUACUACAGCGACACAGAGAUACAAGAUUCCCGGCAGCGUGGUAUUGGCGUCGAUAUGGCCCUGCUAGACAGCGCCUACGUCCUGUCUGAAGUCCUGUCUUCCUUCCUGUUUGGUAUUGCAGUGGAGAUAACGGGCACCACGCUAUCUUACAUGUUUUGCUGUUGUGUGUGCGGUCUGCUGGGUUGCUACUACGUCCUACAGUUGAAAUGUUGAUUGGUUAUAAAGUAUCAACCUGUCAAUACUGUGACAGAAUCUACAUGUGUUAAGUGAUGUGUUGUAAUUUGCAUAUGACCUCAUGAUGACCUAUGAUAUACCAUAGAGCUAUAUUAAAUUACUAGAGCGCUUACUCUUCAUUUUUGUGCGCGGAGACGCUUUGAAGCCGUCCUGGGCGCAGACAUUUUGAAUUUAUGUGCGUGUUUGUAGAACACUAACAAAAUAGAUGGAUUGAAUUUUAAAGGCGUACUCUAAAUGCAGCGCGCAAGUAGAAUAUACGCAAACAACUUAAGCGCAUCGUGACGGUUCAAAAAUCGUCACGGCGAAAAGCAUCUGCAGUGGAGGGACGCGCACACGUUGCGCUGUUUGCCUAGAGCAAAAUGACACGCUCAUUUGCUGAUCGUGUG